AUGGACACCCCUCCCGAAAUGAGCAGAUUUCGUACGGUGGUAUCGAUAGAACUGGCAAAAGCAGUCACCAUGAACGACUUUGGCCUCGUAAUUUUCUCCAAGAUACCUGGAAUUGGGACAGAUAAUCUCGGUUCAUGCUCCGUUAUUGUCAUUGUCUCUUCGAAAGGCGCAAUGCUAGGGCACGUAGCACCUCGGCCAGAUGACAGCAGUGAAGACGACCCAUACGCUGGAAACAACCAUGUGGAAUCAUUUAUGGAUCGCAUGUUGUCCAAAUACAAAAAACAUCGAAAGGCUCUGGGAGACUCUAGCUCUCUGGUUAUUUGCGCUAUCUACAAGUCUAGCGUGGCACUCCUCGAACAGCAACAGAUCAUGGAAAGAAAGCUAAGUGAUAAAGGUCUUUCCGUGGACCUAACAGAGACUUACAAUGUACCAACGGGCAAUGACCACGAUGAUCGAGGAUCUGUCUUCGUCGAUGCAACAAGUGGUGAGAUUAAAGUGUACGUGGAGGGCAGAGUUGUUCGCACUAUAACUGCCAACCCGCCACUGCCUAAUCUGAACCCUCCCACGGCCACCACAUCACCAUUAUACGCUUCCUCGAGGUCGACCACGUCGCCAUCCUAUUCGCAUGUCUCUCCAACGGCUAUCACAUCACCAUUAUACGCUUCCUCGAGGUCGACCACGUCGCCAUCCUAUUCGCAUGUCUCUCCAACGGCUAUCACAUCACCAGUGCAUCAGAACGUCUAUCACGUCGCCAACGUAUCAGACUCCGUAUCAGACGUCUACCAAUUCUCCAGCGUAUCAGACUUCGUAUCAGACUUCGUAUCAGACUCCGUAUCAGACGUCUACCAAUUCUCCAGCGUAUCAGACUUCGUAUCAGACUUCGUAUCAGACGUCUACCAGGCCAUCGCAGUAUUCAACUGCUUUUUCAGCGUCUAA